UGUUGGAAUCUCUCGGCUGUUGAGUCGGCACGAGGAACCAGGCGCCGGCGCGUUGGCGGACAGCGGCCGCGAGCGGGAUAUAAAGCGACGUUUUCCGGAAUCUUCCAAAGGCUCUCUGUAGCCUGAGCGCUCCCCUGAGUGAACUCUUAUUUUUACCCUCCUGCGCGUGGCUGGACCUUCACUCCGAUGGCAUGGACCAAGUUCUUCAGGAAGCCGGGGGGGAAUCUGGGGAAGUCCUACCCCGCCGGCAGCAUGCUGUCCCUGGCCCCCACCAAGGGCCUGCUCAACGAGCCCGGCCAGAACAGCUGCUUCCUCAACAGCGCCGUGCAGGUGUUGUGGCAGCUGGAUAUUUUCAGGCGGAGCUUGAGGCAGCUUCCUGGUCAUUUCUGCCUUGGGGAGGAUUGCAUAUUCUGCGCCCUGAAGAGCCUCUUCACGCAGUUCCGGGACAGCAGGGAGAGGGCGCUGCCCUCGGACAGCCUGCGCCACGCCCUGGCCGAGACCUUCAAGGACGAGCAGCGCUUCCAGCUGGGCUACAUGGACGACGCCGCAGAGUGCUUCGAGAACAUUCUGGAGCGGAUCCACCUCCACAUUGUGCCUGACUCAGAGACCGACAGCUGCACGUCAAAGUCCUGCAUCACCCACCAGAAGUUCGCCAUGACGCUUUACGAGCAGUCCGUGUGCAGGACAUGUGGGGCCUCCUCAGACCCUCUCCCGUUCACUGAGCUGGUGCACUACGUCUCCACCACCGCUCUCUGCCAGCAGGUGGACCGCGUUCUGGAGCGGAACGACCGGCUUCGGUACGACAUGUUCGGGGAGCUGCUGCAGGACGCCAGCACCUUCGGGGACCUCAGGAACUGCCCGAGUAACUGCGGACAGAGGAUCAGGAUCCGGCGUGUGCUGAUGAACUGCCCAGAGAUCGUCACUAUCGGCUUCGUGUGGGACGCCGAGCAGUCAGACCUCACAGAGGACAUCAUCCGCUGCCUGGGGCCCAGUCUCAACCUCUCUGGGCUCUUCUACAGGGUCACGGACGAGAACGCCAAGAAGAGCGAGCUUCAGCUGGUGGCCAUGAUCUGCUACUACAGCCGCCAUUACUGUGCCUUCGCCUACCACACCAAGUCUUCCAAAUGGGUCUACUUCGACGACGCCACUGUGAAAGAGGUGGGCACAAAAUGGAAGGAUGUGGUCACCAAGUGCAUCCGAGGCCACCUGCAGCCCCUCCUGCUGUUCUACGCCAACCCCGACGGGGUGGCCGUCUCCAUGGCCGACGCCCCUCAGCAGACCGCCAUGCUGCCCGCCGACCGCUCGCCCAUCAACGGAGACGCAGGAGUACUCGACAGCCCGGUCUCCGGACCCACCCAACUGGGCCUGACCCGGGAGAACCUAGCGGCCUUCCUGUCCAAUCAGAACAGCUUCAAGCAGGGCACCUCGGGGGGGUUCAGCCGGGGGCUGGGCCAGACCAGCGGUGGACGGGGGCCAGGUAAAAUCCCGGCGGUCAGCCCCUCCACCCCCCCCAGCGAUCCCAAGAGCCGCCUGAAGGAGUUCUCCAGGGAGCUGGCCCAGAGAGCAGCGGCCCACCUGCCCAAGAAGGACCCGGAGAAGGCUCAGAAGAAACCGGACCCCGUGCGGCACCGAGACCCAGUGGAGGAGCGCACGUACUCCCGCUCGGUCUCUCCCCCGGAGAACGGCUUCAAGCAGCACGUGGAGCAGCGUCUUUACAGCAGCCAGGGCAAGGGCCCGAUCCGCACGGAGAGGCUGGCCCCCCUGAACCCCCGCCGGGCCCCCGAACCUCGUCCGCCCUCCCGGGUACAGGUGCUGCCUAGCAACCACCCCCACCCCCACAACCGUCGGCACGACGACGUCGCCAACGGCUACGACACGGACAGCAGCCAGGAGUCGCGCGCCACCAGCAGCCGCAGCGGCCGGUCGCGGGCCUGGAAGCCCAGGAGGGAGACCCUGAACGUGGACAGUGUGCUCAGCAGCCGGGGCCCUCCCCAGCACCAGCAGCCCCAGCUCCGGGACGGACACAGCCCCCGCCGCAACCGGGCCCCCGGCCAGGAGCGGGAGCGGGAGAGGGAGCGGGAGCGGGACAGGGACAGGGAGAGGGACAGAGACAGGGACAGGGAGCGCGAUCGGGAGCGUGAGCGGGGGCGGGAGCGGGAGCGGGCGCGGUCGAAGGACGAGCGGCGGCAGAAGAGUCUGAUGACGAUCUACGAGGACGAGAUGCGGCAGGAGACCGGCAGCCGGAGCUCGCUGGAGUCCGCUGGCGACCGCGACCGCGAGAGGGCGCCGGGCGGCGCCGGACACAACCCCAAACUCAAGCCCCACGCCGACAACUGGAGGAUCCAGCGCACGGAGUCCGGCUACGAGAGCAGCGACCGGAUCAGCAACGGCUCGGCCAAUACCGUCUCCCCCCUGCCGGAGAGCGCCAGGCCCCUCCCGGAGGUGCAGCCCUCGAGGGACCAGCUCCACCCGAGCAGACGUGACGACUCCAAGGCGGACAUCUUGCACUCUGCGUUCUACUACGAGCAAGAAAUUAAAUCUCAGAAUGGCCAGGAUGCCCUCCACCUCAAGCCUAGUCCAAGUUUACAGAGGCGAAGAGGCUACAAGCACACGGCCGGGAGCUCGGAAGGGCAGGACGCCGCGGAGACGGACUCGGUCUUCCCGGCGGUGAACGGGCGGGGCCAUCGUAACGGCGCCCCGCCCUUCCGCACCCAGAGCAAGACCAGCAGCUCUGAUUGGAACAGCUCCGAUGACCUCACCAGCCCCGCCUCCGAGCGGGAGGACAGCCCGUCCCGCCCUGGCCCCAGGACCGCCCUCGGCCCCCCCCCCGGCCCGGACGAGCCCCUGUACCAGAACCUGGUGACCCUGCCCCCCCCGCUGCCUCCCAAAACGUACCCACAGAGAGCAGCCCGGCCCCCGGCCAGUCCCCGCCCCCUGCCCAAAGCCCCGCCCCUGUCCAACAAGAGGGACCUAUCCUCUGACAGCAGCUCCAGGUCGGGCUCCACGGACCAAUCGGCUAGCGAGGGGGAGGGGCCAACGGAGAGGGCCCAGCCAACCACCUACUUCUCGGUGGACAGCUGCAUGACGGACACGUACAGGACAAAGUUCCACAACCAGCGGCCCCCGCCGCCCCUGCUGGGGGGGGCCAGAGGAGGGGGCCCCAGAGGGGGGGGCGACCACACCUCCUCGGGGGAGAGCGAGGCCGGGGACGCGGGGCAGCCCAGUCGCCCUGCGGAGACCCCCCUGCCCUCCCAACACCCCCGCAGCAAGGUGGAGACAGGUAGUUCAACCAGUAAAACUACUGCAAUAUGGCAUCCAGUGGCAAUGUCAACAUUGGAUGAACAUGGAUAUUUAUGAAAAAGCCUUCCCACUGUCGAGCCUGAUUUUUGAUUGAUCGGAUGUUGAUCUGGAUGCCAAAUACGACCUUCCCUCGAAAUGGAUUGAUUCCACCAGCUACCGGUCCAUUCUGUUAAAAAGCUGCUUUCUGUAACACCUAAAGUAGUUUUAACCUUUCUGAUGUGUACCACUAGAUGGCAGCCUAUAUCUUUGAACGUUUGCACAGUUGAGAGCCAAAAAUUAGGAGAUCCAAGCCCAAAGUCAUUUUAACCAUCAUGUUUUUAGUGUCCUUUUUAUCCUAUUAAUUAACAGUUGUGAGCUUGGAUUGCUCAAAUGUACCUUCUUAUUAUUACCCAGGUUUGAGAAUGAAGCAGCCAAUGUCUCCCAAAUAACAAAAUCACUAUUAGUGUGUCCGACAGCUUUCCAAAGUCAAUUCUACCAGCAAUUCAUCAAUUUUGAAUGUGUACGCAAAUGCGUUUCACUGUCAAGUGACACUCCUAUUUUAUGUACCAAAAUAGUGUGUUUAGAAUCAAGACGCUGAGAGUUUUCUCUCAACUAGAAUCACUGUUGAGCCCCAUCCUCGUUACCAUGGUAGCCAUGAUUACCGUAAACUGAACUUCAGGGUGGGCAGUUUUCUCGUUUCUGCGUUUUCUCUGUUAUUCUGCCUGAAAGACAAAAGUGGAGUGGAACCAUUUGGAAGUUGUCCUGUGCCUUGAUAGGCGUUAGAUUUUCAGCUUUUGGUGAAUAACGAACCAUAACUGCUGUGGCCUGGUGAAAUUACAUAAAUACUUGUGUUUAGGAUAUGGAUGCCAUAGAUACGCACUUACUCCUGGACCACUGUGACAAUCUGGUACAGUUCAGAGUUCAAGGUCAAUUAAGAAGUUCAGAGGUUAAAUUCAAUGGUCUUUGUGCAUCACCGUCCAUGCGUUUUGAAUUCCUGUUUUCAGCUGCCUUCCUAAUUCUGCACAAAACACCGCAUCAUUCCCGAUCUCACGUUUUUACCUGUUUGUAGACCAUAGUUUCCGGACCAUUAAGGUUCCAACCGAUUUUUCUCCCUCUUUUAACUUCUUCCUUCCAAACAGGAAGUGCGUAUGUUACAUGUCCGAUCUCUCGAUAAGCUUGAUCUCGUUUGCUUGUAAUUUGGCACCGGCUUUUGUGGGCUUCCUUUUUUAAUUUCUCCAUGUAAUACACGUUGUUUUGCUGCCAGUAUGUAUGGAGAGCCAGGGAUGACUUAAUGUAAAUGUCUUAAAUCAGGAGCAAAGGAAUUGUUUACCUGCUUUGUCUGCAGACUAACAACUUUCUGUCGUCAGUACAUUGCAUAAAAUGUAAGUGGAAUAUUCUUUAACCAGUGAUAUUUUCUGCUGUAAAUUCCCAUCCUUUAUUUCUGUUCUGAAUAUGAAGGUUUAUAUAUUUCUGAGCGGACGUCACUGCAGUGCCUUUCUAUUUUUCUAUGUAAAGUGUGAUGGCUUUAAAAUUAGUCAUUUGAGAUUUGUACAAUAUGUAAUUUUUGGAGAUGCUUUUAUAACAUCCAUUUUCAUUUUUUUCGAUUAACAUUUGUUUAAUAAACUUUGAUUUUAUUUCACAGAA